UGUGAGACAUCUAAAAAGGAAAAAGUUUAAAAAGUUUUAAACAUCUAAAAAAUGUGUGUACAAUAAAUUUUUUUCUUUUUGAGAGGAAAGCAAAUUUCGUCCGAGCAAUUGUUUUGGGUCCAAAUUCUUAAAUUUCAAUAAAUUUCCCCAAAAAACAAAUUACAUGGGAAAAGCAAUUUUAUUGUUAAAAUUCUUGGAUGAUUUCUUGAAACAAAAAAAAUGAGGAAAAAUCCCCUUAAAAGCUCUAAAAGUUCUGUGAAUGAGGCAAGGACUUCGGGUCGAUACGAUGAUGAUGCAGGGGCUCUGGUUUCUUCUCCCAUUGCGAGAAGUAUUUCCAUGAAACCAGGUGUAGGGGGGAGCAAGCAAAAAAUGGUGGUCGAGGACGUUCUUCGGUAUGGAGAAAUGAGAGUUGAGGCUGAAGUGUUCACAUUCUGCGAACUCGCGAAAGCCACCAACAAUUUCAACCCUGAUCUGCUAUUGGGAGAAGGGGGCUUUGGGAGGGUAUACAAAGGACAUAUCAGAAGAACUAAUAAGAUGGUGGCAGUGAAGCAACUAGAUAGAAAUGGAGUUCUUGGAAAUAGAGAAUUCCUAGCUGAGAUCUUGACUUUAAGUCUUGUUCACCACCCAAAUCUUGUGAACCUCAUUGGAUAUUGUGCAGAUGGGAACCAAAGAAUUUUAGUGUUUGAGUUCAUGCCCAAUGGCUCUUUGCAAGACCAUCUUUUUGAUUUGCCUCCGAGUAGAAACCAUCUUGAUUGGUAUACUAGGAUGCAUAUUGCCAAAGGUGCGGCGCAAGGGCUAGAAUAUUUGCACGAUACGGUUGAUCCUCCGAUAAUCUUUCGGGAUUUCAAAACAUCAAAUGUGCUUUUGGACAAGUCCUUCAACUCGAAGUUAUCUGGUUUUGGUGUUGCAAAAUUUAGUUUGAGCGAAGAAGAAGACAGUGCAUUCACAAGGAUAAUGGAGACCUAUGGGUAUUGUGCUCCCGAGUAUGUUAAGUCGGGGGAACAACUUACGACCAAAUCUGAUGUCUACAGCUUUGGAGUUGUACUUUUGGAGAUCAUUUCCGGAAGGAGAGUGAUUGAUAAUGCGAGAUUAACUGAGGAACAAAACCUGAUUUCAUGGGCGAAACCGCUUUUGAACGAUAGAGAAAAGUUUAGAACAUUGGCGGAUCCAUUGCUUGUAGGGAACUACCCUACGAAAGGGAUGUACCAAGCUCUAGCUGUGGCGGCCAUGUGUCUCCAAGAUGAAGCUAACACACGACCUCUCAUUGGGGACAUUGUGAGCGCCCUCGAGUACUUGGCCACACCCGAUGAAGAAUGGAAUGGCAUGGCCGAUGGAGAUGGCGUGGAGUGCCUGCUUGUUCCAAAAGACAAAAACGCAUCCACGACAUUAGAAUGAAAAAAAUGUUUUUUUUCGUU